AUGGCGGGACCUCCUGGCCCACCAGGUCCACAGGGCAAAAGAGGGAAGCGUGGUAAAAAAGGAGAUUCUGGCGAUAAAGGCGACCCGGGCCUUAAUGGUGUUAAUGGCGAAAAGGGUGCACCAGGACGACCUGGUGAUAAGGGUCAAAAAGGCGAUGUAGGUCAUCCGGGCAUAGAUGUCUUUCAAACUGUUAAGGGUUUGAAAAGAUCAGUUACGACUUUACAUGGCGGCACCUUAGGUUACGCUGAAAUUGUAGCCGUUAAGGGCGAACCUGGAGAGCCUGGACCACCAGGACCACCUGGUCCGCCCGGCGAAGCUGGUCCACCAGGCAUAAAUGGUGAACGUGGACCACCAGGCGAAACAGGACCAGCAGGACCAGUCGGAACACAAGGCGAGCCUGGCCCUGUGGGACCACCUGGAGCGCUAGGCACAAUCGGCCCAAAGGGUGACAAAGGUGAUCGCGGUGAUCGUGGCUUAACCACAACAAUCAAAGGCGACGAAUUUCCAACUGGCAUUAUUGAAGGGCCACCAGGGCCUCCGGGACCACCAGGGCCACCAGGGGAACCUGGUACGCGUGGAGAGUUUGGACCGGCUGGCCCACCAGGGCCACCAGGCGAGAAGGGUCCGCGAGGUAAACGUGGCAAAAGGAUAUUUGGUCCUGGAGGUGCUAAGGAUGAAGAUUACGAUGAUCCUCCCGUAACACUACUACGUGGUCCACCAGGACCACCUGGCAUGCCUGGCAAAGAUGGACGUGAAGGCCGCGAUGGUUUGAAAGGUGAACCCGGUGAGCCAGGUGAACCUGGUUCAUUGGGUCCACGUGGCUUAGAUGGUCUACCUGGUGAGCCUGGAAUUGAAGGACCACCUGGACUACCCGGUUAUCAGGGGCCACCUGGCGAGAAGGGUGAUCGUGGUGAUAUUGGUCCACCAGGCCUCAUGGGUCCACCAGGCCUACCUGGACCACCAGGAUAUCCUGGAGUUAAAGGUGAUAAAGGUGAUCGUGGGGAUUCAAAGUAUAGAAAAAUGCGUAGGCGUCAAGAUAUGGACGGAAUGUCAGAUGCACCACAUAUGCCAACAAUUGAAUAUUUAUAUGGUCCACCAGGUCCGCCAGGGCCGAUGGGUCCACCUGGACAUCCGGGACAACAAGGCGAUCGGGGUUUAGAUGGACGUAAAGGUGAUCCGGGUGAAAGGGGUCAUAAAGGUGAUCAAGGCCCUAUGGGCCUACCGGGUCCUAUGGGCAUGCGUGGUGAUUCUGGCAUAUCUGGUCCAGCAGGCAAAGCAGGUUUACCGGGUCCUCCUGGCUUAGACGGCAUGAAGGGCGCACAAGGUGAAACAGGACAAAAAGGAGAACGUGGAGAUCCUGGUCUGCCGGGUACCGAUGGCAUACCCGGUCAAGAAGGUCCACGCGGUGAAAAAGGUUCACGUGGCGAUCCUGGACCACCCGGUAAACGUGGACGCAAAGGUGAUCGCGGCGAUAAGGGAGAACAAGGUGUGCCCGGUCUGGAUGCACCAUGUCCACUGGGUUCUGAUGGAUUGCCAUUGCCCGGUUGCGGUUGGCGACCACCCAAGGACAAUUUAAAAGAAUGGCUAAAGGGCGAGUUCAAUGCAUUACAAAAACCUACAAAAAACUGAAACUCCACUCCACACGAAGCCGACAUAACAGCACAUCCCCGACGACUGCUACUCUCCCGCCAAAAAACAGCUUUAACGGUGCCAACAAAUUAUUUAACAUUAAAUCGAAUAGCAAACGAUUAUUGUACAAUACUAAUUAUAUUUUAAUUAUCUUAGUUGCGCUAAUGUUUUAGAAUUCACAAAAAAUUACAAUUAUUUGCUAGGCUCUAUUAAAGGGGGAAAUUAAUAUAAAAUUAUUAUGCAUUAAAUUUAGUUAAAAUAUGUAAGCAAUCACUUUAUUUUCCACACGCAUACACGUAUAUAUGUGUAUGUAAAUGUUUACCUUUAACUACGUGUUAACAAAUACGGUUUCUCCUGCCACAAUUCCUACCUCACCCAACACAUGUUUUUUAUAUGGACGAUAAAAGUGUCAAAAAUUUCAUCAAACAACCCGAAUUCGCUGUUUCUGUUGUUUUUCGGCGUUGAAGGCAUUA